GCUCAAGAAAUGCUUCUUGAGGGAAUGAAUGGAUGUUUAAAGGAAGGUGUGAAAAUCAGGAGUAGAAUCAUAAAGUGUUAGACAAUGAGGCCCAAGCCGAUGCAUUGGCAACUGGACUCAGCUGGGGGAGGAGAGGGCAGGGGAGAGGGGAAGACCAGCCCCCUCCUCUUGCAUUUGGCGGGGGUGGGGGAGAACCCCAGGACUAGAUGUCACCUUGUCCCACAGCCUUCUCAGCGUUCCAGGUCUUCUGAAGCCAUGGGCAUCCGAUACCUCCUGGUUCUGGUUCUUGUCCUCCUGGUAUUGGGAUGUGAGGUCCAGGGGGCCCACAUGCCCCAGCAAGAUGAAGCCACCAGCUCCUCCCUGUUCACCCAGAUGCAGGAAUCAUUCUAUGGCUACUGGGGGAUAGCCAAGUCAGCCGUCCAGGGACUGUACGAGAAGACAUACCUGACCACCAUGGAUGAGAAAAUCAGGGAAAUAUACAACAAAAGCACAGCAGCUGUGAGCACUUACGCAGGGAUUUUCACUGACCAGUUACUUUCUAUGCUGAAGGGAGACCAGUAACAGCUGGGCCCUGACCGGGGGGGAUGGGAGAGUCCAGACCCCACGACCCCUUGGCUCCUCUGACCUACCCCCUACUUUUCAGCAGCUACCAGCAUCCUGCUCCCAACGCUAGUCUGUUCUUCUUAUAAAUAAAUUAAUUUAAAAAGCCA